AGUUCCGCGUUCGGAUCAUGUGAUAGAAGGAUAACAAGCAUGGCAGCCUCUAAAACUGUUGGAAAUGUGUCCGAGGGACGGGACUCAAUUUUGGAACCACUGUCUUUGCCAGAAAGGCCAGGCUGUACUGCACCUCCAGACAACAGCAUGCCAGUACCCUGCCUCCUAUGUACAGAGUCUUGUUCUCCUGCUGAAAAGGAAGCACUUCUGAAACAUAUGGUCCUUGAACAUAAGCUGGUCAUUUCUGAUGUCAAACUUAUUGCUGACUUUCAGAGAUAUAUCCUGUACUGGAAAAAACGAUUCGCCGAACACCCAAUCACUGAAUUCUGCAGUGUGAUCCGGACAAAUUCAGAAGGCCCCGUUGAAAGACAAGAGGAUUACUUCCUGUUGUGUGAUGUUUUACCAGAGGACAGAGUUCUCAGGGAACAGCUUCAGCAGAAGAGACUAGAAGCGAUACUGGAACAGCAGCAAAAAGAAAGGAAUGAAACCAUCUUCCACCGGACUUGUAUGUUCUGCACUGAAGAAUUCACUGGAAAUAGGUCUUUUCUUCUUAACCAUAUGGCGAAAGAGCAUGACUUCAAUAUGGGGCUUCCCGACAACAUUGUGUUCUGUGAACAGUUCCUUGACACACUGCAAAGAAAACUUGACAAGUUACUCUACAGAGUUACGGUCCAGAAUGAACUGGGAAAGACAUGGGAAGAAGUUCAGUCAGAGGAUGACCGUGAGAUGAUGGAAGAUCAUGAUGAUGAUUGGUCUGAUUGGCAGGAUCACCCUGUUUGUGCUGUUUGUCUCUUCUGUGAGCACCAAUCAGAAACAAUGGACAGGAUUUACAGUCACAUGGAGGAAACACAUGGAUUUGAUCUUCAUAAAAUAAAGGCAGAACUUGGUCUGAAUUUUUAUGAGCAGGUGAAAUUAGUGAACUUCAUCAGACGUGAGAUCCACCAGUGUCAGUGCUAUGGCUGCCAGGAUAAAUUCAGCUCCAAAACUCAAGUUCUGGAACAUCUAAUGGACGCAAAGCAUGUUAUGGCAUUACCUGAAAAACAUAAGUGGGAUCAGCCCCAGUAUUAUUUUCCAACAUAUGAAAAUGAUGCCCUCCUUUGCGCCCUGUCUGACAGCGAAAGUGAAUCGGAAUCAUGUGAACAAAGGAAAGAUAUCCCUGUAAUUGCGGAAGACAUUUCAAACUUACAAGCUCUAAAACAGAAAAGUGUGUUGAACCAGCUGCUCAAAGGCAAAAGAUAGAAAUACAAUAUACGACGGACU